AUGGCAUCCGGCGCAUCGCCGACCCCCCCAGCUCCGGCUGGCUCUGCUUCGCCGAAGCCCGCAAAAGAAGUCGUCAAUGAUCCAGCUCGAACCGGCUUCGACCCGCAGAUGAAAUGGUGGAUGAACUACUUCCGAAUCCUGUCAGGCCAGAUGACCCCCGAGGGCCUCUUCCACUACCGCGAAUGGCGAUACAAGGUCCACGAGGAACGUGACUGCAAGCGGUGCGACGAGUAUCGCGACUGGCUCUUUACAUACUCGCCCGCCGUCCGCUUCCUGUCGGGCAAGAUCCAAGAUCUCAACGGCAAGCUGGAUGCCUCAAACGUGCUGUGCCGCCGGUGUCCUGCGCGGCUGGAAGAGGAUGGCCAGGUGCAUCGGCAGUCGGGAGGCUUCAGCCCCAAUCACGGCAUCCUGAUUUGCGCAAACGAGAUCCGCGACCGCAAACACCUGGAAGAUACGCUGGCGCACGAGAUGGUACAUGCGUGGGACCACCUCAGGUGGCAGGUGGACUGGAUGGGCGAUAAAGACUUGAAGCAUGCUGCGUGCACAGAGGUUAGUACUUUUGCGCCUAUGUGA